CAGUAUUGAAGUUGAGUGUGGCGUUGUUGGCUGUCGUGACCUGUCUCUCUAGGUCUCCAGUCAUCACCUGUGUCUCUAAGUCUCCAAUCAUCACCUGUGUCUCUAGGUCUCCAGUCAUCACCUGUGUCUCUGAGUCUCCAAUCAUCACCGGUGUCUGUAAAUCUCCAAUCAUCACCGGUGUCUCUAAAUCUCCAAUCAUCACCUGUGUCUCUAAGUCUCCAAUCAUCACCUGUGUCUCUAAGUCUCCAAUCAUCGCACAUGGCCACACUGGGGAGGGAAAAUGCCCGAGGAUGAGGUAACACGUUAUCACACCUGUGCGACAAUGACCUCAAGUAGUGCGUUACCUGUGAGCCUCCACCUGCUAAUUACUCUACCAUAAUGGCCGGCCAACAUAACAAGGUGUUCUCAGACAGGUAUGGCGUCUUCAGGAUUCAGGAGCUUGGCAACAAUAAACUUGGAAAGGGCAGUCAUCUCUGGUAACGCAGAGGAGGUGAAAGACUCUCUCUCCCUGGGCGCUGAUCCCACCACCAUCGUCAGCGUUGAUUCUGAUGAUAAAGGUCUCUGUCUACUGAGCAAAGCGGCGAGGGAGGGCCACAGUCAACUGAUAUCUCCUCUUCUGCUAGCAGGACUCUCAGCAGAUGGUUCAGGGCAGUCCUGCUACACGCCGCUACACUGGGCCUCUCAGUCUGGUCACCACCAGUUUGUGAGGAGACUAAUACUCCUAGGCUCACCCAACCUGGAGGCUGUAGACGACAAUGGUUACACCCCCCUACGUGUGGCAGCCAGCAGGGGUCACCAGUCAUGUGUCAAGGAACUGCUGAGUGAAGGAGCUGACCCCAACACUAGGGACUCAAUCGGUCGCACGCCGCUCUACAUUGCAUCCUUGCUCAAUCACACACUUGUUGUGCAACAGCUUCUGCAAGAUACCCGCUGCGACCCACAUGUAUUAGACAUAAACAACAACACGGCACUACACGCGGCAGCACAGGGAGGAGGGUUAGAGGCAGCGCAAGACCUGGUAGUGGCUGGUAUUGAUCCAGAUGCCAAGACCAAAUGCGGAAACACACCUGUGGACCAAACCAGCCUCUAUGGUUACCACUACCUCGGCUGGUGGCUCAGGAAGCUCCCUCGUUCACGACCUCUUGUUGAGACGCCUACCUUACAGAUAGUGAAAGAUUGCUGGAGGAAAUGUAAGACGGACUAUGGGAGACUGUCACAGCUGAUCCACAAUAACGAAUACGUCACCCUCAGAGUCAACACCCACCUCACGCUAGACGUUCACCAGCAGGAUGACAAUGGCUUCACACCUCUUCACAUGGCAGCACAAUUAAACAAACCUGAAGUAGUACGCACCCUACUGCACAAGUGUGGGGUAUAUCCUGACGUGGUGACCUGGGGUGAUGAGACUCCCCGUGAUAUAGCACUAAAGAAAGGUCACCAUGAGUGCCUGACCUUCCUCACAAAAUUCAUCUCUGGUCAACAACAAACACAGAACCCACAAGAGCAGCUGUUAUGGGUCAUCAGCCGGAGUGACAACGUAAGGAAGGCCAGUGAUCUACUGCGAGGUGGGGCGCGGCCCGAGACUGUGGGUGACUACUCCACACAACCACUCGCCCUGGCCAUCACCUGUAAUCGAUCCAGGAUAGUGAGCCUCCUGCUGGCAGCUGGGGCGCCUCUCACCAGCACCACCCAGGGUCUCGGCCUACUGAAGCUGGCCUGGCGCUCACCUGAUGUCACCCCCAUUGUUCAAGUGACCGUCACAAGGGUAUUUCUCCAUAAACUGAAGGAUGAGCGUCGUCGUAUAGAGGACCUUUCGCCAAACCUCCGUACAGGUGUUGAUCAACUCAUAUCUACCUUAGACAGAGAAGAUGACACCCCCUGGCGCGCCUCUUGGCCUCCGGGUGAGACAAUAGCCCAACUGACACACCUCAUGGUAGAGGCCGCCCGAGUCAACUGUACCUUGACCUGCUACUUCCUUCAUCGUGCGGGUGGUCGACCUUCUCUCCGCGACAAGUCCUACGUGAGUCCUGUACGCACGGCUCUGGAAGCUAAGCACUGGGGUCUGGCGAAGGAGCUAAUCAAACACAUGGGAGGCUGCCUGUAUGUGGAGGAGGACGCUAGAGGUCGACUGCCGGCGGAUAUGUUGCCUGUAGACCUCCAACACUCUAUAGACAAGAGCAUCUACGACAAGGAGAGGAACAAGCUGAUGGAGAUGGAAGAGAAAACAAGUGACCAGAUGAUCAAGCAACAGGUGCAGGAAGUGUUGGAGCUUCAAGAGAUUCUCUACACCAGCCACUUAAAGGUGAAUCUUCCCCAAGACCCCCUCCUCCAUGCCCUCCUACUGGCCUCACAGAAUGGACUAAAGCAGCUGGUCUACCUGUUGGUCAAGGUGGGAAAUCUGCCAGUUGACGAAGUGGUGGAUCCUACGACCCAGACGACCGCCCUCCAUCAGGCCGCCUCUCACGGGAAGACCAGCUGUGUUAUUCUCCUUCUGAGUUUUGGCGCUCAGCCUCUGAUGCCUGACAGGUAUAGCCAAACAGCGGCACAUCUCGCAGCAAUGUUUGGACAUGAUGACACCUACCAGGUUUUAGCCCAGUUUAUGCCGCAGUGCAAACCUUCCUGCAGGGCUGGAACCACUCCACAAGAAGUAAACAAACACUUCAACAUAUACCUGAAGAUGUACCACAAACACACAGACACAAAUGUAUCACCACAAAAUGCACAAAUAUGGAAUGACCCAAGAGAGGCUACUAAGAACGUUCUCAGUCAAAUUGACUUAAGGAAGUUGAUGAUGGAUGCACAGUCGGUGGCUGUUAAUUUCUGUCAAGGUGAAGCGAAACAGGUGAAAGACAUAGUGAUGCAGGAACUGAAGGCGAUUAUAGAUAAAGUUUCAGGUAAAGAUGAAACAUACAGAGGGUUACUGGAGCUGCUAGGAAGCGCCGCAGAUGCCACAAAACUCUACUGCCCGGACGAGUAUGACGUCAAUCUCCUCCUCUACACGUGUUCUGGAGUGACAAUUAAAGUCAAGGAACAACCCGAGAAAGAUGUAUCACUCAGCGGUCAUAAGUUGAAGAUCGAGGUCGAAACAGAAGAUGCUGCUCUACAAGGUAAUGCACUGCUAAACAAUCUUUAUCUCAGAAUGAGGGAGAUUCUUGUUAGCUACAAGAUUAAGGACAAGAGAGUAAGCCUUGUGCCACCUGGCUUAACAAAGACACAAGUAGGCGUGACACUGUUAAUGUCUUGGCAGGGCAGUGAGUAUCCUCUACUGUUGAUCGGCGUCGACUUAGUGCCGGUGGUGGUGGUUCCUUGGCCUAGUGAGGUACACAAGCCUCGUCUCACACCCGAUAACUCACAGGUGAUACCUCUCAGCUACGUGGUAGAUAAAAACUGGCGUGGCAGCUUCGCCAACUGUGAGGUGGUGGUGUUGAGUCAGCUGGACCCUCAGGAGCGCCAAGUGUACCUCACCGCCAAGACUCUCCUCUCCUGCAUGAAGGCUGAACCCUGGAUGCCCAAGAAGUAUAAGAAUCAGUUCUGCUGGUGGGAUUCCCGUUACUGGAAAAUCCCUACUCCAGCAGGAUUCUGCCUCAAAAAUUCCUUCUUGAAGCUGCUGGAGAAGAAACGACAAGAAGAGGUCAACUGGCAAGAAAGUGACCUCAGAGAAUGUGUGACAGAAGUGUUCAGAGGAAUGUGUCUGCAGGAGGACACUGACGGCCAACAUCUUAUACCGGCCAAGGUUCACGCUUACUUCGGUGGCGAUUGUGAGGUGCCCAAGAUUGGUGAAGGAGCUCCAGAAAUAAUUGCGUUUUUGGAGGAAAAUUCUUAGUAAGAUGCUGGUGAAUGCCAGAGUACAGACAAGGUUUACCGAGUCAUAGUGAGAGGAGGAACAGGUCUGUCCGUAACUUAUGAAUAAUGAACACCAUCUUGAGAAUCAUCAAUAAUCUUACAAUGCAUCAAUAACCUUACAGUGCAUCAAUAACCUUACAGUGCAUCAAUAACCUUACAGUGCAUCAAUAACUUUACAGUGCAUCAAUAACCUUACAGUGCAUCAAUAUCUUUAGUGUACCAACAACCUACCAGUGGACCAAUAACCUUACAGUGCAUCAGUAACCUUACAGUGCACCAAAUACUGAAUGCCUAAGUAACAAAUUCAGAAUUAAGUUGUAGAGUAAUUGUUAUAAUGAUCAUGUUGGUGGUGACACAAGUGUUAAGUGAUCUUGUUAGUUAACUUUUAUAAUAUUUACUUGUGGCAUAAAACUUGUACUCUGUUCUCCCAAAAUAAUUAUUUUUAUAUCAAAGGAACUUUACAUAGUGUAGUGUUCAGUCGUUUGCUUUAUUUAAUAACUAUUACCUGACACUAUAUGUAUAUACUGUACAAGUAUAUAUAUAAUGCCCGAGAAAGUAUAAAAUAAACAAUUACAAUACAAACUUUAUUUAUUUGCAGUACAGUCAAGGUACCUCUGAAUGUCGUACUCAAACAACAAUAUGU